CGGUGGCACACGAGUGCUGGGAGCUCACCGCAGACAAACCCACGGCGGACUUCUCGAUCCAGGCGAGCAGGCAGCACAACGAGGACGCGCAGACGCUGACGGAGCAGCACGCCAGCGAUUCCAACGCAGACCUCGCAGCGCUGGGCCCGCCGCACCUCGUGAUCAUCGCAGCGGCGAUCGAGAAGAUGUGA